GGAAAGUUGACACUACGUCUUGAAAGCUACAACAGUGAAUAGAGUUGACAAGUGACAGCAAGAUUCGAACGCCACACUGUAAUCAAGGACAGAGGUAAAGAAAGGAAGCCAGAGCAAGACUUUAUUGACACUCUUGUGCAGCCUCAGGCAAAGAAUCAAGGAUACCAUAGCGACGCGUCGACCCAAACUGGGAAUAUUAUCUCGAAAUGAGCCCCGUGGAAGGACUUCUCCUGGGUGCGUUUUGUCUUCUGCUAGUGCCAAACACCGUGUUUAACACAUUAGUGUGCAUGGUCGUCAGGCGCUCAAAGAGGGCACAAACACCAAUGAACAACUUGAUAAUGAGUUUAGCGAUGAGCGAUAUCUUCAUCGGCGCUACAAUCUUUCCAAGGCAUAUUAUCAACAAUGCGUUUGUUCACCCUGGCGGAAAGCAAGGAAGUGCGUUAUGCAAACUCGUCACCGGCGGUGGCCUCCUGUGGAUAAGCGUCACAGCCUCAGGGUUACUCCUCACCGCAGUAGCUUUUGAGAGAUUCUUCGCCAUUGUUCUACCGCACAAAAAACGAUUGAGGAUAACUAACCGAAAGCUUAGGUGGAUCGUAUCUUCCGUAUGGAUGUUCGCCAUUGCGUCUAACCUUCCCAGCAUGCUAGUCAUGGAGUACAACGAAGAUCUGAACUUCUGUACGGAGGUUUGGCCGGUAUGGGUGUCUCCGAAAGCCUACGUGUCGGUCAUGUUUGUAGUGGGCACGAGUUCAGUACUAUUCAUGUAUAUUCUGUACUCAGUUGUCCUCUUAACAUUCUGGAAAAAGCGACACACGACCACUGAAAUGUCCCAGUGUGCCAGGCUCCGCGCGCGCACCAAGGUCACGAAGAUGUUGAUCUUAAUGACGGUGAUUCACACAGUCUGUAGGACGCCAAACUACACUUUCUACCUGCUGAGCUACAUCAACCCCGAUGUGCAGUACGGCUCGGCGUCCUACAGUUCCACAGUAGCGCUAAUUCUGCUCAAUUCAACUUCUCAUCCGUUUCUUCUUUGCUGGCAAAUGGAAUCGUUUAGAAAAGGCGUCUGGCAAAUCCUCCAGAGUUUGGUUUGUCGUCACAGAGUACGUUCGGUUGCUUACUCUGGACGCUACCAAGUGCGUAAUAGCACUCAGAUGACGCUGGGAGAUGCAGUCAGUUACAUCUAACUUUAUUUUCGAUGUGCAGUUAUUUUCCCGACCACUUUUCAGACGCUUUAUUUUGCUUUUAUAUGUUUGUGUCCUGUCAAAGAUAGCUAUAAUGCUUUUAAAAGUAACCUUUUUUUGUAUCAUUUGUUCGUUGUAACACUAUUUAUUAUUUUUGGGUAAUUGUUUUUGCUAAUACAGAACGAAAAACGCAAAAAUAAAUAAAGCGUCAGACGUUCCUCGUGAAACAUCCGACAUGACUUUAAUGAGUUCCAGCAUUAAAAAAAAAAAUUAUUCAAAUUUCAUUUGUGUAUUCUAGAGGCAUUCUAGGUGCAAUUAUACUAUAUGUGACUUAAGAUCAGCAACAGGAACAUAAAAGUCCGAAGAUUUAUCUCUUUUACUGCCACAGCUGUUGGACUAGAAUAUGAAACAGGAAUAAGCGAACAUAAUUGAAACAAAUGAUUUAUUACUUGUGAAUGUAACAACAAUAGGAAAAAAAUAGAAAGAUAAAAAAAAAAUAGAAAAAAAAAGUUUAGAUAUAAUAAAACAGGGCAAAAUUACAGAUAAAGGGCUUUAAUUAACUGUGAAAGCAACAUCAAUAGGAAAAAGUUGAGUUUAGUAAUAUUAAACUGUGAAUGUUUGGGAUGCACUUGAGAACGAAUUGUAAGUUGUGUCAAAGAUGAAACGGUCGAAAAAGUAAACGGAGACACGGUUGUCGACUUAAAUAAGCAAAAUAAUCUAGUAUAAUUAUACGAAAAAUUGCUUCAUCAAAUAAAUUUUGCAAAGAAAAUCCA